AUGGCGCCCAUAUCAUGUGCCAACUGCAAGAAGAUAGCCGCUGAUUGUGGCCUGGCAAGCCUCCAGCAAUGCUCCAAAUGCAAGGCAACAGAUUGUUGUGGCCGUGAUUGCCAGAAGGCCGAUUGCACCAACUACUCAGCACCUCGCAUGAAGUCCCUUGAGCAGCACGUGCCAGAUCCGUUCACGCGACUGGAUCAUGGCAAGUAUCUGCACGACCGUCCAGAAAAAGAUGUCUAUCGGCUACUCAUCGAUGCAUUUCGCAUGCGCUCCGAAGAUGAUAUGAAGCUUGAGAACAAGCCUACGCCCAACAGCAUCUAUACCGGGAACCCUUUGAACAUCGAACCGUUCAAAAAGUUUCUUGAUCAGGCGGCUACAAGGAGGGAUAUACCGCCUCUAUGA